GGAAGGAGUGGCUUGUCAUGACAAGUUGACGACGUGAAGAUGUUGUGGCUGACAUGUUUGGUAUCAGAGGAUGUCCAGCCAGUGCAACGCAGUGCUCCCCUGCUGCAGUCACCACAGUACACCGGCGGACGGCCCCAGCCUUACAAUCCGUCAAGUGCAACGUCGCAGUCUUCGAGAUCCUGCAGUGAAGAAACGUCGAGUCAACACUCUUGUGAUCAUUCACAAAAUGUUUCAACAGAAAUGUCAAACACGGAUGUUAAGAAAGAAAGAGCGACGAUGGUAUUAAGCAAAAGAAUAGACAUGGAAUAUGGAAGCGGUGGGCCUCCGCCCCCGGGGAUGAUGAAAGAGAGACACGGGCCUCCACCGCCCCAUCACCCGCGUGACGGCCGUGGAUACGGACCGGAAGGUUACGGAGGCGAAGGAUUCGUGCCGCCGCCACCAAUGCACCACCCGUCUAUGCCGCCACAGAACCAGGGCGGUCCUCCACAGCAAGGCGCUGUCAUGAUGGUGUACGGACUGGAUCCCCAGACUGCCAACGCUGAUCGCCUCUUCAACCUGUGCUGCUUGUACGGCAACGUUGUCAGAAUAAAAUUCUUGAAGACAAAAGAAGGCACUGCGAUGGUGCAAAUGGGCGACGCUGCUUCCGUGGAGCGAUGCGUGCAGAACCUGAACAAUGUCACUGUUGGCGACUAUACUUUGACAUUAGCUUUCUCGAAGCAAGCAUACCUUUCGGAGGUGAUGAACCCCUAUCCGCUACCGGACAAGAGCCCCUCGUUCAAAGAUUAUAUGGGCAACAAGAACAACCGCUUCCUUACACCGGCCUCCAUACACAAGAACAGGAUACAGCCGCCAUCUAAGGUGCUGCACUUCUUCAACACGCCGCCUGAUGUGUCAGACGAUCAGCUGCUGCAGGUGUUCAAGGACUACGGCGUUGCACCACCUCACACUAUCUCCAAAUUCCCGUUGAAAAGUGAAAGGUCUUCGUCGGGCUUGAUGGAGUUCCAGAACAUAUCGCAGUCCGUGAUGGCGAUCAUGGCCUGUAACCACGCCACCAUCCAGCACCCCGGCGCAAAAUUCCCGUUCGUGAUGAAGCUGUGCUUCUCGUCCUCGCGACAAAUCGGGCAGGGCAAAGGUCAGCAGACGAAGAGAGACCAGAACCAGGAUCAGAGUCAGCGGCAAACGCAAAACAACGGGAUGGCCGAGCACGAAUACUAUUAAUGGCGUUGCGGCGGGCACACACACUCACACAUAUCAAGACGGACGGCAAAACACACACACACAGGCACACCACUACGAGUGCGGGGGCUGGGUUGCCAUUAAAAAAAAUUUAAUGAAAAAUUUAUCCCUCUAAAAAAAUGGAGCAAGAAUAAAAUAUUUUGAGAUCUCAAAAUAAACGGGCAUUUGGGGGAUAAUACAAAGAGGGGUAAUUUUUUCAUAAUGGCAACAUCUUUUGAAUAAUUCCUUAUUUUUACAAUAUUUGUGAAGUUCACAUCUUUAUAAAGACAUUAACAGUUAGUUUUUUAGUUUUAAAAUUUAGACACAAGUAACAGUUUUCAUGUUUUACUUUAACACAUUACAUUUCCAUAUUAUUCGUUUUCAUUUUCGUUUUUUAGGGGCAACGCUCCGUGCAUACACUAUGCAUUUCGUUUAGUAGCGCCUUAGGUAUUGAUUAAGAAUAUUCCCAUUUUAUUUCUAUAAUUGUUAGUUUUAGUAUUUCUCGGUGCCAUUUUCAAACACUUCCAAUAUACUGAACGUUUUAAUAAAAUUGACAUGUUUCAAAAAUUGACAUUAAUGAUUAUCAUAUCGACCUCUCUCCUGACUAGCUGCACUAAAAAUCAGUCUCCAUUCAUUGGCGUAAUUAUGUCUAUUUUUUCAGAUACGAAUAUAACUCAUUCACAGGACAUGUAUGACAAAAGCGAAGGGGGAUAAAGCGAUGAUACUUUGCCCUUUAAAAGUUACCUAAUGCAAUAGGUAGUUAGGAGAGAAACGGCACAAAGUUUUGAGGAUGGUACUGACAUGUUUCUGUUUAGAUACAAUUAUGUGUCAACGCAGAUUUAGCGCAAAAGCAAAUUUUCACUUCACCAACAUAUUAUGUUAAAUAAUGAGUAUGUCUGACACUUUAAAAUUGAACAGAAAUAUUUUUGGACGAUUUCUUUUGAUUCAUCAGUGUUUUAACCGCUCGAGCAGUUUCACAAUCUGCGUUGACAAUAAUAGCAAAUGAUAUUAGUUUGUUUGUUGACGAAAUCGUUGAAAAUGGUAUUUAGUUUUUAUUCCCUUUUUUGUACGUCGACUGGCAUUUCUAAAAUAUAAAAAUGUUACCAAAAAGUCAAUUCGUACAUUUGUUUAUGUGAAUUUUGGUUUUCUACCAUUCGGUUGUUUGUUUACUUGACAGUUGUGAAAAUGUACAAGAAAUAAAGAAACUGUGGUAUAAGGUAGUACAUUUGAGUUUCAUUUUUAAUCUUAUAAAACACGUUUGAAGUGUGCAUGUUUCUUUUUUAUUUUUGCAUGACAUUUUGUCGUAAAAGCUACUUCUUUGACCAUUCUCUAAAUUCUUAAGAAC